AUGUAUGUUGGCUUUCAAUUAACUUCUGAUACAAUAAUAUACGAUACCAUGCCUACUAAUCCGAACAACAGGUCUCUCAAAAAAAUAAAAUCCAACCCAAAGCCGGUCACUCCUCGUCAGGUUGAAUUCUUAGCUCAGAAGGAGAAGAAUAAACGCCAAGCCGAACGAUACCAAAAACCUAUCAUAAAAGUCGCGGAAGCCGCCCCAUUUCCUCGUCAUCGUAUCAAAGGGGUGGAAUUAGAUCUGGGGUUACCAAACCCAGAUAUAAACCACCUCGACAAUGAGAACUACCAGCACGAUCUACUUGACCCCAACGGAUUCAUUCCCUUUUCACCUGGUUCUUCGGAUGACGACACAGACAGCUGCGACAGUCUUGAUUCGGACGACCAAGAUGUUAUUUCAGGGAUAAGGCGUGCGCGAUAUGAUGCUAAACGCCUACAGCGCGAAAUGAAUUGGGUCAAACAGUGUCAACAGAUGCUCUCAUCUUUCCUUCGAUGUCGCCAAAUCACCUCCAAUUGGGGUAAUUCUGAUUGUUGGAACAAUGACUUCAAAGAACCUUGUUCAUGCCCAAGAAAUCGAACACGGGUAGCCCGGGUGGAUAUUGUGGAUCUAUUGGGUUACAUCAAGCGAGGAACCGAAGUGAGGAAGCGGCUAAAAGAGGCCGAAUCUGAGCUCGCUAGCCUACUAAAGCAGGAUCCGACUAUGACCACUGAAUAUCUUGAGGAACAAUGGAAUAGGCAGAGAGAGAUGCAAAAAAAACUAAUUAGCGAGAGCGCAAAAGACAAGCGCGAUCAAAUACUAGUGUAUCUAGGUAUUGAGGAAGAACUAGUCGAAGCACGGGAUCAAAAUGUUAGUAAUAAGCUGAAAGAUAUCCAAUCAAAAAGCCGUAGGGCACGUACGGGCGAGGAGCGAAAUGAGCUCUUGAGAUUACCUAACACAGUUGUCCUUUUGGAAACAAGGGCACUGGCUUUUGCUGAAGAGCUGGGUGUGGAACUAUUGCGUCAGGAUGCUUCGGAUGACGAAAAAAAGGCCCUAAUCACCAUCCAACUGGCCAAGGCAAAGCUAUAA